AGGCGGGAGGGGGCGUGGCCUCCGCGGCCCGGGCCGAUAAGAGGCGGCGACUGCCACCCCAGUCUCGAGCUGGGCUAGUCGGCGCGGCAGGGCGGCGGCGGGGCGACCCGGUCUUUCCUAGCACUACGUGGGAAGGCCCGGUCCGCAGGCCGGCCGUACCCUCUGCCCCAGCCCCUGCCGAGGAGCCUCGUUCCGCGUAGCGACAUGGCGGGCGGGCGCCGCGGCCCGCUGCUCACGGCGCUCCUGGUCGCCUGGGUCGCGGCGGCGGCAGCUGCGGAGGCGGAGGCCGGCCCGGAGCAGGCCGCGCUGCCGCAGGAGCGGAGCCUGGUGCGGCCCAUGACCGCCUCCAACUGGACGCUGGUGUUGGAGGGCGAGUGGAUGCUGAAAUUUUAUGCCCCUUGGUGUCCAUCCUGUCAGCAGACUGAUUCAGAAUGGGAGACUUUUGCAAAGAAUGGUGAAAUACUUCAGAUCAGUGUGGGGAAGGUGGAUGUCAUUCAAGAACCAGGUUUGAGUGGCCGCUUCUUUGUCACUACACUCCCAGCAUUUUUUCAUGCAAAAGAUGGGAUAUUCCGCCGUUACCGUGGCCCAGGAGUCUACGAAGACCUGCAGAACUAUAUCUUAGAGAAGAAGUGGCGAUCAGUUGAGCCUCUGACUGGCUGGAAAUCCCCGGCUUCUCUAACGAUGUCUGGAAUGGCUGGUCUUUUUAGCAUCUCUGGCAAGAUAUGGCAUCUUCACAACUAUUUCACAGUGACCCUUGGAGUUCCUGCUUGGUGUUCUUAUGUCUUUUUCAUCAUAGCCACCUUGAUUUUUGGCCUUUUCAUGGGUCUGGUCUUGGUGGUCAUAUCAGAAUGUUUCUAUCUGCCACUUCCAAGGCAUUUAUCUGAAGGUUCUGAGCAGAAUCUUAGGUCAGAGGAGGCUCAUACAACUGAACAGUUGCAGGAUGCAGAGGAAGAAAAGGAUGAUUCAAAUGAAGAAGAAAACAAGGACAGCCUUGUAGAUGACGAAGAAGAGAAAGAAGACCUUGGUUAUGAGGAAGAAGCAGAGGAGGACGAGGAGGACAGCCCGGCUGCUGGCAUGGACGAGAAGAGGAGUGAUGCCCGGGACCAGGGGCCCCUGAGGGAGGUCCAGGAGGAUGAAGGACCUGGUGGGACUGAAGACAAUGCCCCAGAGCAGCCCGGUCCAGCUGGCACGGAGGCAGCGGAAGACACAGUGAGACAGCGCAGAAGUCAGCAUGCCGACAAGGGACUGUCGGCCUGAUGACAGUGUUUCCAAGGAUACAGACCAAAAGAAUAUGUCAGCUUCCUUCUGGUCUGCAGUUUAAACCAAAUCCUUAUUUUUUUCUUGGAUGAGCAAGCUUCUCUUAAAAAAUGAUCUCUAGCCAUGUAGUCUUAUGGCAUUAAGCCUCAUAUAUGUUAAGGAGAAUCUUUCAGGCAUGACAGUCAGGAUACAGAAAAACAAACAUGCUGUUAGGGUCUCUUUGGGACCUGUGAUGAGAACAAAUUCAUUUCCUUGGGGCUCCAGAGUUUUGACCAGAGGAAGCAAUCCUCAGCCAUCAUGAGCACUGUUCAUGGGCAGUAGACAAGGCUGCAGGCCCCUAACAUGAAAGCAGGGCGAAUGAACGUCCUCAGGGUGUAGCUGAUAUCUUGCUUCCUCUUCUUGUAUUGAAUAUUUAUUAUUGUCAAACUGUAAGAAAUAUCAGGUACCAUAGUACAAGGGUACUUUUUAGAGAUAGAAAUUGAGAGGGCCUUGGAUAUUAUUGUAGAAAAGAGCUUGGAAAUCUUCCUAACUCUCUAAAUCUCCCUUCUUAUGUUUUAUUUCUUACCUUUAACAUUUCCAACUUUCCCACCAUGGGCCUGCAGGCUCCUCACACUCUUCACAAUACGUCCUUAGUGAGAGGACUCAGACAGCAGUCUGCUUGACAUCAGCUGCGUUUAUUCCACCUUAAGGGUUUAGAUAAUCAAGAAGCACAGCCCAUGAAGCCAUGACUGCCAAGCAUCUCAAAUGAAAUGUUGUAACCUUUGGAGAUUCAAAAGGAAGUAGGGGUUUUACAAGAGAGAUUUUUCUUGUUGUUUUUAGCCAAAAUGUAGUCAUUUUUUUUUUCCCAAGAAGUUCCUUUAGCAAUAUUCUUUUUGAAGCCAGAAGUCUCCUAAGUCUUGCCAGUACAAGGUAGUCUUAUGAAGAAAACUUGAAUACUGUGUUGUUUUGUUUCCAUCUCAAGGGGUUCCCUGGCUCUUGAACCACUUUAAUAAUAACUGAAAAACCAUUUCUGGUUCUCCUUCAGUGAUGUGCUUUUGGUGAAAGAAUUAAUGAAAGUGUAUAUCUGGAAAUGAAAGAUUUGGUUUCGUUUCCUUCUUCCUUAAUCUUGUAAAGAAUUUUAUCCCUGUAAAUCUCUCAAUACUCAACCUGCUAAAAGUACCCAGGGGGCCCAAUGUCUUUUUAAAAAUCCAUCCAUCUACCUGAUUUGCGUCUUAGAAUAAAUUCAUAAUAUUAGAUUCCAAGCUUAGGAAAGAUGUCUAAAGUUGAUCCUACACCCCUUUGGGUCCAGACAGAAUAAUAAGUAGUGCAGGUUUAUGAAAUUCAAAAAGCUUCUGUCAUCUUUAAAAAGAAAAACGCAGUAUAUGCCUAUCUGGCUGUUUCAAUAACCCUUAUGUUGUACUGACUUUGAACUCGGGCUCACUGGAGGAGGGGGAGGUUCUGAAACUCUACCCUGGUGUGGCUGAAGGAAUCUGUUGCAAGCCUCAUACAAAGGGAGUUUUUAUUCUGAUGGAAUCCAGUUUUCAGAGUUGGUUGUUUUUCAUCUUCCCAACUCAGUGACCUGACAGUCUCAUCCCCCAGUGCAGUGACAUUCAUUAGGAGUUGCCAAUAAUUUUUUUCUUCAGACAGCAGCACGACCUCAAGUUUGAGGCUAUCACAGAACUGACAGACUGGGAAAACCUUGACUUGUGCUCAUUUCUUGCCCCUCCCACCAUCUGGGGCUCUGAUACCUCCUCACACAAAGCACGAUGGUACUGAGGGAGUCAGCUCCAUGCCUUUCUGGAUCAGAGCUGAGCUGGAUCUGCCCUCCUGUCACUGGAUUUUCUUUCUUUUCUAAUCAGCUGAAACAAAGUUUUCAAAGAUCAUUGAGUUCAAGUUCAAGGGUAUGGAAAAAGAAGGGUUUCAUAGUUUGGCUUUUCUGUACAAUACCUCCUCCCCCGCAAUAUUGAAAUAAUUUUUUUUUUUUUUUUUUAAGUGAAGUAUUUCACUAAAGGGGAAGGAAUGAAGAAGUAAAGUCUACUUUGGCUUUUUAUAAAUGUAAGGCCAAUUCCCAGUUGGACUCCAAAUAGUAUCUGAUUAUAUAAUGUAAUGAGACAAAUGUAUUUUCUUUCUCAGCAAUACUUAAAAAAAAAAAUUGGAGGAAGAGGAAUAAAACAGUUUGGAGAACCGGAUCCAUUAAAAGUUGAAGUAUCUGGCUACGGGGACUGUUUUUCCUGUUUUGUUUUUGUUUUUUUUUAAUAUUCUGAUGAAAGAUGUAUAUAUCUAAUUUAAUUUCUUUCCACUUCUAGCCUUUAGGUUCAUUUUCAAUACUUACUGAAUAUAAAAUUAAAGGAAAAAAGUCAACCCAAAAUAAUUUAAAAUUAGAUUAACAUUUCAAUAGGAUUGAUAGAUUUUUUCCUGUAGAUAAUAUAUUUAAUCCAGAAGUCAAGUGCAUGGAAACAUGAUUUUGAUUGAAAAAAUAAAAAAUAAUCAUGCCUCCCUAUAUUACAGUAUCAUUUAGUUACCGAAUAGUAUUUUAUAUAUAUCAAAAUUAGGUAAAUUAAAUAAAACUGUUCAUUUGGGAAUGGGGGUGCAGUGCUUUAUGUAUGAGUAGUGGGAAUGGGGUGCCUGUUCACUGAUUAGAGGGAAAAUCUGAAACUUCUAGCUACAUUUUCCUUAGUUUCUUUCUUUUAUUAUUCAUCUCUUGCCAAACCACCCCAACUUGCUUAGAGAUCUCAUGCUGAAGCAACAUAUAGGCAAUCCCACUUCCUUUCCCUUUGAAAUGUAAGCAUGAAUGGGGCAAGACCCUGCUCAUUCAGCUCACAGGGCCUGGCACCACAUGGGCACGCACCCCCAGCCUGAUCUCGGGAGCACAAUCCCUGUUAGCCACGGGCCUCUCUGACUACAAAAAGAAAUCCAAAAUUACUAAUGUGACAAAAAGCAGACAAGCUUUGGUCAGGUUGAUAUUGAUGGUGGAGAAAGCCAAAUUUUGACUCUCUUAUGGCCCAAAUCCUUGUUGAUAGCUAUGGUGUUCUCCAGGAUUUGGUUAUGUGUAAUUUGAGUUGAUGAUAAAAGUGUCUUGUAAGGCAAGUACUUGGCAUGUGACUUUUUAUUACCAAGUCCUUUAAGAGUGGAGCCUGUUUUACAGAAUGGGAAACAUUAAAGAGUCCAAAAAAGGGUAGAAAUGAUAGAAUGUACCUGAGCUUUUAGCAUAAAACCUUAAAUUGGCAUGAAGUGAGAGAAAGAAGGGGAAGAUUGGUGCUUUUGCUAAUGUCUCAGUAGUUUCGAUAUGUCCUUCAUCUCAGUGUUAAAGUGUUAUUUCUGCCAGUAUUCUAAAUGUGUGGUUGACCCAUUCUUUCAAUAUAAUAUUUUGGGAAGUAUUCAUGUAAAUCUUUUGCACUAAUGGAAAAGUUCCUUCUUGUUUAGUAUCUGUUUACCUCAGUCCUACGUUCUGAUCCCUCAUAGCUUGUUUUGAAAACCAAACAUGGAGUCAUCAAAUCUGAUGAACCCAGAUGGGGCAGUUUUUUGAGCAUGUUUCCUGAACCAGGAGGUUUGGUUGAAAGGCCUUUGAUAGUUUCAGACCAGGACUUGUGGCCUUCAGAUGGCUUAUUUUCAGUGAAGUUUCGUGUGAACUGUGACAUAUGUGACUCAUACAACUUUAACAUGUUUCUGAUGUAUUUUAAUCAUAUUUGUUACUAAAUAGCUUCUUCAUGCAAAUGCAGCUUUUAUACUAAAAAUACUGUUUAUUUGUAUUGUAAUACAUUAUAAAUUCGUUAUUUAUAUUCUUGUAAUGGUCUUAAUCUUUUAGCCUAGUGAUACUUCAUUAUUUUUUUCUUCAUCUCUGUAUUUUUUGCUUCUGCAGCAACUGGAGUGGGAAAUCAGGAUAUGAGUCUCAAGCAGGGCAUUGCCUGAAUUACAAAUCACCUUAUCACAGAAUUGUAUAUCAUCCUUGAUGCUAUUUGUUUUCAUUUUAUUGUAAAUUUCCACUUGCAUCGAAACCUAAUGAUAGUGAUAACUAAGUAAAAACAAAACAGUGUAUUGCUUUUCAUAUAAGAAUUUCACAAAAGUCAUUUGCCUAGGCAGUGAAAAAUAUUACUUCCUUAAAAAAUAAUUUUCGUGUGUCCAUCCUCCAUCCUGUCUGUGCAUUUUCCCUCUUUCUUUCUCCCUCUUUUCCUUGACUUCAUGAAACCUGAACCCUUGCCUUUAGCUGCUCUGGAAGG